GUCCCGAUUACAAGACUACGUCACCACUCCCGUUCAUCGCAAGAGAGACGCGGUCCGCGAACGUAGAGGAAGAGGAAAAAAAAAAGUUGGCUUCAAACAUCCAAUUGCACGCCACCCGCCAUCAUGGCGACCGUACCGCCGGAGAAGAAGAAGAAGCCGAGUGCUAUGCGCUCCAUUCUCGCUGGCGCAACUGCUGGCGCCGUCGAAAUUUCAAUUACCUAUCCCGCUGAGUUCGCAAAGACACGAUCGCAGCUCAACCGAAGAUUACCAGACGGGAAGAAGCUGCCAUGGCCGCCGUUUGGCGCGCAGUGGUACGCCGGGUGCACAACGUUGAUUAUUGGCAAUUCGCUCAAGGCGGGAAUAAGAUUCGUCGCGUUCGACAUGUACAAGAACAUGCUGGCCGAUGCAGAGGGUAAGGUUUCCGGCCCGGCGACAGUCAUCGCGGGCUUUGGUGCAGGAGCCACAGAGUCGCUACUGGCAGUGACACCCUUUGAAAGCAUCAAGACACAGCUCAUCGACGACCGCAAGUCCGCAAACCCACGUAUGCGCGGUUUCCUGCACGGCUCCAGGGUCAUCGCCCAGGAAAAAGGUAUUCGCGGCUUCUUCCAGGGCUUCCUGCCCACGACCGCACGACAAGCCGCAAACUCAGCCGUCCGCUUCUCCAGCUACACGUCGCUCAAGCAGCUGGCACAAUCCUAUGUCGCGCCAGGCGAAAAGCUCGGAGCCGUCAGCACCUUUGGGCUCGGAGGCCUCGCAGGCAUAAUCACCGUCUACACCACCAUGCCCAUCGACACAGUCAAGACGCGCAUGCAGUCGAUCGAGGCCCGCAGCUCCUACAAGAACAGUCUGGACUGCGUCGUCAAAAUCUUCAGGGACGAGGGCCUCCUUACCUUUUGGGCCGGCGCUCUGCCCAGACUGGGCCGUUUGAUCCUCAGCGGCGGCAUUGUCUUUACCAUGUACGAAAAGUCCAUGGAGCUCAUGGACAAGUUGGACCCACAGGGCAAGUACAUUUAGAACAUAAAAAAAAUAAAUGUGAACAUGC